AAAACCCGUUUGAAGAAUGUUUCCCAUCUCUUCCUCUCAGUCCAACACACAAGCUACGACUCUUGCUGUUGGUUAAAGGGGAAGACAAACUGCAGUUUUUUGGGCAAAAUACAAACGUUACGUUCUGGAUAAAUGACUCAAAAACCUGACGGCAGCAGAGUGAAUCAGUGAGCAGGGAUGAAGGCCGUCGUUGGAGUCUUACUGAUGUUGUUCCGGGUCUCUCAGGGUGUGGACCCAUACUGUGAUGGCAGACAGGAUGGAGCUCAUUGUUAUGGAGCUUUGGGAGAAGCUGUGGACCUUCGGCUGGUGGACAAUGUCUCAGAAAUACACAGAAUCAACUGGAAAAAGAACGGCUCAAACAUAUUCACGUGGAGAGACAACAACAUUAUCCCUAGCACAAAGGAGAGCAGAUUUCUCUUUUUUUCAAGUAAUGGAACAGUUAGGAUCAAUAACCUGAGCAGGAAUGACAGCGGUGAAUAUAAACUUGAAAUCUAUGAUGAAAAUGGAAAGAGCUCAGCACAGAGAACUCUGCAGCUGUUUGUUCAAGGUGUGGAGCCAUACUGUGAUGGUAGACAGGAUGGAGCUCAGUGUUAUGGAGCUUUGGGAGGAGCUGUGGACCUUCUGCUGAUGGACAACAUCUCAGAAGUACCCAGAUUCCAGUGGAAAAAGAACGGCUCUCAACUAUUCAGGUGGAGAGUCAACAACAUUAUCCCUAGCACAAAGGAGAGCAGAUUUCUCUUUUUUCCCAGUAAAGGAACAGUUAGGAUCAAUAACCUGAGCAGGAAUAACAGCGGUGAAUAUGAACUUGAAAUCUAUGAUGAAAAUGGAAAGAGCUCAGCACAGAGAACUCUGCAGCUGUUUGUUCAAGCUGUGGAGCCAUACUGUGAUGGCAGACAGGAUGGAGCUCAGUGUUAUGGAGCUUUGGGAGGAGCUGUGGACCUUCUGCUGAUGGACAACGUCUCAGAAAUACCCAGAUUCAACUGGAAAAAGAACGGCUCAAACAUAUUCACGUGGAGAGACAACAACAUUAUCCCUAGCACAAAGGAGAGCAGAUUUCUCUUUUUUCCCAGUAAAGGAACAGUUAGGAUCCAUAACCUGAGCAGGAAUGACAGCGGUGAAUAUGAACUUGAAAUCCAUGAUAAAAAUGGAAAGAGCUCAGCACAGAGAACUCUGCAGCUGUUUGUUCAAGGUGUGGAACCAUACUGUGAUGGCAGACAGGAUGGAGCUCAGUGUUAUGGAGCUUUGGGAGGAGCUGUGGACCUUCGGCUGAUGGACAACGUCUCAGAAGUACCCAGAUUCAACUGGAAAAAGGACAGCUCAAACAUAUUCACGUGGAGAGACAACAACAUGAUCUCUAGCACAAAGGAGAGCAGAUUUCUCUUUUUUCCCAGUAAUGGAACAGUUAGGAUCAAUAACCUGAGCAGGAAUGACAGCGGUGAAUAUAAACUUGAAAUCUAUGAUAAAAAUGGACUUAGAUUAGCACAGAGAACUCUGCAGCUGUUUGUUCAAGCUCCUGUGUCCUCUGUCCAGCUGGUCUCUGAGUGUGUGUCCCAGGGAAAGAUAAAGGUGUCCUGUCUGUCUGAGGGUGGGGACAGUCCUCAGUACGACUGGACACUGGAUGGACACACACUGACAGACUCUGAGCUGUUUUCUAGAAAUAAUGAGACUAACAUCAUCUUUCUGAGACAAAACAUCUCAGGCCGUCUGGUUUGCUCAGUCAAGAAUAAAGUCAGUGAUUCCUUUAAAGAGAUGAAGAUAUCUGACUAUGGUUGUAUAUUCAUUAACUGCACUUCCAAUGGGAUACAAAUAUCUAAGUGGGUGCAUAAAGAAAAUAACAUCCUGUGUGUUGAACCAACAACAGUCCCUGUUGUGGGUAAGACGACACAGACAAAUACUUCUACAAGUCCUGACAGCAAUGGUCAACCUUGGUACAUUAGGCUGUUGCCAGUAAUGGCUGGUGUACUCACAGCUUUGGUAAUUGUCUUAAUAGUCUGCAUCACAUUCAUCUGUGCUCACAAGAAAAAGAAAAACGUCAAAGUGGAGGAAGAUGACCAGGAACUGACCUAUGCUGAUGUCAGGAUUGUGAAAAAGCAGGAGAGGAAAGUGGAGCAAAGUGUGGAGGUUGAUGUUGAGUACGGAAAGAUCAAGUUUUCAAAGAGACCACGACAAGACCAGUCAAAAUCAACAGUGGAUGAUGACACUGUGUACGCACAAGUCUGCAAAGGCAGGUGAUUUGUAAUGUCCAACAGGCCCAUUUUUGCAUGUUUACAAAGACUGCACCACAAAAGAGUGAUAGAGGGAGAGGUGAUAGAAAGGUUGCCAAAGUCUUUCAUUUAGUGCGAUUUCCUGUUAAAGAUGCUGUGAGCCCAUUUAUGGAGACUAAUGCAGCUGUCCUGCCUUCAACGCCCAGUCAGGCCCAUGUACUGCAUCUCUCUGUGUCCCCUCCUACUGUCUGAUAUACUGUUGAAUAAAGGACAUCAGCGCCACAGAAAACCUUAAGAAAGCAACUUAUUACAAUUCAAGCUUAUUUUGCUGCUUCUUAAAUGUUUAUUUAUUUUUGCAAUUUAACCUAUUAUACAUUUUGUGUCUGCUUCUGGAUAAUAUUGAGUCCGUUUUGUUAGCCACAAGUUGUGAAUUUAAUUUGAAAUUAUAUAUAUAUAUAUAUAUAUAUAUAUAUAUAUAUAUAUAUAUAUAUAUAUAUAUAUAUAUAUAAAUUGGUCACUGUGACUGAAAUGCUGAAUUACUGUUAAAAUAAAAGUAUGUGAUGUCCAGUGGAUUAAAAUAUGUAAAAUGUAUAUAAUAAAUACCAGUUUAAUGAGUUGAGUGAAUACUUUCCCCUAAUGUUAUAAAGCUGAAGUAAUGCUAAUGUAUACUGUUGAAGAAAGGAUAGAAGUGCCGCAGAAAACCUUAAGAAAUGCAAGUUAUUGCAAUUAAAGCUUAUUGUGUGGC